AUAACUGCCGACCUGAAUCCUCUGACUACCGCGCUUGGUUUCGUAUUUACUAUGUUCCAUACAAACUGGAAUCUGCUUGUGUUUAUCAUUAUGCAUGAUCAUGUAGUAAUCAGCAAGGACCCAGUUUACACACUUUAUUUAAAGAAUGAAAUAUUUUGACCUGUUCAUAUUUUAAUUGUUAUUUAAUUGUUAUUUGAGCCUCCCGUCUUUUAUAUUUUUCAUAUUUAUUCAAGGUUUCACUUUUUAUCUUUGUCUUAUAACAAUAUCCGUCCGUUUUGACAUGUUUUGGACUUUUCACACACCAGUGAUCAUCAGUCGCUAUACAAAAUAGUUCUCCUGAAUUAUGUUAAAAUUACAUGCCAUUUGAACUUUAAAAUCGUUAAAAAAAUAGCAAUCGGAAUCAUUUUUACAUCUUUCGGAUAUAUAAGCGUCUUUGUCAAGAUUUAUGGAAUCUUUUUGAAUCGGGAAUUAGUAAUACGGUUAAAAUCACGCGGUGCGGUUUUGGACUUUUCACACUCCAACGAUCAGCCAUCGCUAGACAAUAUAGUUCUACUAAAUAAUGUCAACCUUCUUGCCAUUUGCACUUAACAAUCUUUUAAAAAGUAACAAUCGGAAUCACAUUAACAUUUUGUGGAUAGAAAAUGGUCUUUUCGAUAUUAAAGAAGUGUUUUGGAAUUAGAAAUUAGUAAUACGGUUAUACCCACGCGGUACGUAUGAAUCUUUGUUUACAAAAUACAGCAGCUGAGAAGAGCGUGACAGUAUUGACAAGGAAGAUAAUUAGGAAAAACAUCAAGAUGUUCACAAUUGCUAAGCUUAAGGAACAGUCUUCGAAUACCCCCUACAGAGUACCAAUUAAGGUACAGACAGUAAGUGUUGGUACAACCAACACAUACAUCAGAGAUGGCCAGAAGAAGUCUGCCACAACCAUUGGAUUUGCAGACCAGACAGGUAUCAUAAAGGGGCAGUGCUACGACAGUAGCAAAUUAACCACUAUUAAAGAAAACAGCUCCGUGAUGAUUAGAAAUUAUAUCUUCAGGGACAGUACUAUAAUUAUUACCUCAGCCACAAAGGUUAAUGUCACUAGUGGAGUAGGUGACAUUGACCCAAUCCACAGGAGCCAAGCAACAGACCUCUCCAGACCACCACCUCCACCAGAAGUUGUAUCUAUUGAAAAGGCAAAGAAAACAACUGCAGAUACGAAUGUAUCUAUCAGGGGAAAAGUCAUCAGAGUGGAUGCUGUCUUAGAGAGAGUCACCCAAAGAACUCAGGAAACGAUCAAACUCAAGCAGAUAUAUAUUCAAGACAGCACUGGGGAAGUAAAAGUCAGCAUGUGGAGAACCCUAGCAGAAACAUCAGUUGAGGUUGGAAAGACGGUGAAAAUAACAUUCCUAAAACUGAACAUUCACAAAGGAGAGAUCAGCCUACAGACCAUCCCUCAAAGUACACUUGAGUUUGUGUCAGAACAACACAGUGUUGUUGUAGAUGGUUUCUACAAGGAGGAAGACAAUAUUGUCCUUGUCUGUAAACAAGAUGAUGUUUACUCGGACUACAAAUGCCCUCUGCAUGCCCUUAAAGAACUAGUUGGUGACGAAGAAGAAGCAGAUGCAGUUAUUGAAGGGAUGAUUCCCUUCAAUGCUGUCAUUGUUGUUUCAGGAAACAACAUGAUUUCAUCAGUGACAAUGGAUUAAAGACACUAUAUAAAGCUGUACAUCAAUAUUAUAGUCUGUCAAAACCCAUACUCCAUUAGAAUUUUCAAUAUACUGCAAAGUUGAGUGCAGUUAUAUUUCUCCAAUUUUUCACUGCCAAAUUGGGUGCAGUACAUAAUGAAAAUUUAAUACAAAAUUUGUCUCAAACAUUUAUUCCAAAAACAGUUAUAUAUUUUAUAAUAUGUACAUGAAAACCACUUUUUCAGAGUUUAUAAUAUACAGCACAUUUUGAAAACACACUGUAUUUUGAAGAAAAUAAUUAAUUUCUAAUAGACACUGGAUACAAAAAACACACUUUACUAGAAUUUUUAAUAUACACCCAUGUUGAAUUCAUAAUUUAAUAUUUUGAACACAGUUAUGUCCCUUAGACACUGUAAAUCAAAACCCUUUAUUAAAAUUUACAAUGUACUGCAGAGUUGAGUGCAGUUACAUUUCUUCAAAUUUUCACUGCCAAAUUGGGUGCAGUACAUAUUCAGUGUUUUAUACAAAAUCAGUCUGAAAUUUAUAUUUUAAACAAAGUUGAAUAUCUAAUCAGCUGUACGUCAAAACCCACUCUUUAUUAGAAUUUUUAAUAUACACCCAUGUUGAGUACAUAAUUAUAUAUUUUGAACACAAUUAUGUCCCUUAGACACUGUUAAUCAAAACCCUUUAUUAAAAUUUUCAAUGUGCUGCAGAGUUGAGUGCAGUCACAUUUCUUCAAAUUUUCACUGCCAAAUUGGGCGCAGUACAUAUUCAGUGUUUAAUACAAAAUCUGUCUAUGCAAUUUAUAUUUUAAAAAGUUGAAUAUCUAAUCAGCUGUAUGUCAAAAACCACACUUUAUUAGAAUUUUUAAUAUACACCCAUGUUGAGUACAUAAUUUAAUAUUUUGAACACAGUUAUGUCCCUUAGACACUGUUAAUCAAAACCCUUUAUUAAAAUUUUCAAUGUGCUGCAGAGUUGAGUGCAGUUACAUUUCUUCAAAUUUUCACUGCCAAAUUGGGUGCAGUACAUAAUGAGAGUAUAUACAAAACCCGUCUAAAAAACUUGUAUUUUUUAACAAAGUUAAAUACCUUAUCAUCUAAACAUCAAAAACACUUUAUUAGAAUUUUUAAUUUACACCAAUGUUGAGUACAUUACUUAAUAUGUUGAACACAGUUAUGUCCCUUAGACACUAAAUAAAAACUCUUUAUAAAAGUUUUACAAUGUACUGCAGAGUUGAGUGCAGUUACAUUUCUUUAAAUUUUCACUGCCAAAUUGGGCGCAGUUCACAACAAAAAAACAAAAAAUCUGUAUUCGAAAAAACUGACUAUUAAUUUUAGAUUUUGUACAGAAAUGAUAUUUACUUAUAUACAAACAGUAUUUUUUUUUCAAUAGUUAUUACAAAUGGAGAAUUAUCUUGUAUUGUUUAUAUUGUCUUUUAUAAAUUAUCCUGUAUGCAUAUAUCCUUCAUUCAGUGAUGGGAAGUUACCUAGCAAUGGCUAGAUUUGAUUAACUUAUACAACAUUAUACAAUAAUUUUUAGGAGUAUAAACAUGUACAUGCUACAGAAAGUUAUGAUAUGUAAAUAUUUAUGGUUUAAUUAAGAAGUACAUUAACUAGUGUAUAUGAGUGAAAAAUUGAUUGUAUUGAUUGAAAAUGCAAGAAGUAAAAGGGAGCCAAUCUUGCAAAUAUUAUGAAAGUUAAUAUUUUAAAUAUCACAAAGUGUUAGAUAAUCUAUGGUCCAUUUAGAUGUUUCAGUCUUCCAUCCACAUUUUAUGAUCUCAUUAUUUAUUUUAUUUGUUAUAAUUAAGGUUGUUUUUGUUAUAAACUUUUUAAAUUAUGUCCCAUGAUCUCUAUUUGAUAUUGAUAUAUGUUUCAACUCCUUUUAUAUAGUUUGAAAUAUAUCGUAAUGUAUUGUUUUCAGUGCAUUUUUACAAAUUUAUUAUAUCUUUGCCAACUUCAAACAGAUUAUUAAUCAGUCCUGUAUACCUUUCACAGUAUUAGGAAUGCAAUAAAUACUAUUAAUAUUUUAAUGAAAACACAGAAAUGGAAAUCAUCAUUCAUGUAAAUAUGUACAUACAUGUAUUGUGCUAUACUUUGUUAUGUAAAUAUUGUUCAUUGUUAUUGAAUUUAAUAGAAAUACUGAAUUGGUGCAUUUUGAUGAAAUACUAACUGACACAUUAAAGUUUAUCAAAUUAAUUUUUCAUUUCUUCAUAAAGGAAAAUACCCUUCAAAACCAAGAUCAAAUAAACAAACAUAACUUCCUCAACUCAAUAGUAUGAAUGUUAAUACAUGUAUUGCCUUUAUAUAGCCUCCAGUGUCUAAUAUAAAUGUUCUAAAAACAGUAUUCAAUAUAAUCAAAACUCAAAGUAUGCCAGUCUUUCAUUAAAAUCAUAUCAUUCCAUAUUAUAUUUGCUAUUGCAAGCCUCAUCUGUUUUUAUAUAUAUUUAUUUUUAUUUGUUGUAACUCUCAAGUCUCUAUACAAUUUGAGGUAUAGUUAUUGGUGCAUUAUAAUUUGCUUAGAUAUAACAAUAUCUUCUCAAUAGAUAAUUGAUAAGUCCAUAUCCCCUAUCAUAUAAACUACUUACUUUAUGUUUGCAUAGCAAAAGUUGUGUAUUGGUGCUACAAGUUUAUAGGCAUUCCAGCUGUUUAUACAAUUUAUUACCUGUUAUGUUUUUUCAAUAUUAUGUAUGGUUGAGAUAGUUUGUUAAUGUUUUAGAUGUAUAUAAAAUAGUGCAAUAAUAUAACAUAAAGUUUAACUAGUGCAAUAUUAAUGACAGGAUCUGUUCUUAUUAAAUGGUAAAUAUGCAUACCAUUUCCUAUGCAAUAAUAUGACAUUUAACUUUAAUCAAACAUAAUGUUCAAGUAUAUCAGUGUAUUCCAAGUAUUAAAAAAAUAGAAAUGACUGAUAACUUCUAUAUGAUGUAACUACUAACGUUUUAAUUCAUUUACGAUCGAUGCUAUUGUUAUUAAUGUUAACACUGCUCAGCAUGUUACUCAGAAUGUUUAAAGUUUGUUAAUACUUCAUGAUGUAAUACUAUGUUUACUUCAUUUAGAAUAAAUACUAUAAAAUUUUAA